AUGUCGACCCAAAACAGAACAAUCGUGCUCGACGGUAAGGGCCACAUUCUUGGUCGUCUUGCUGCCAACGUUUCAAAGGAAAUCUUGGCUGGAAAGAAGGUUGUUGUCGUCAGAUGUGAAGAACUCCUCUUGCAAGGAAAGAUGAAGAGAAACAAGGUUGCCUAUGAAUCAUACUUGAGAAAGAGAAUGAACACCAACCCAAGAAAGGGUCCAUUCCACCACAGAGCUCCAUCUCAACAUCUCUUCAAGGUCAUUAGAGCUAUGGUCCCAAGAAAGACUGAAAGAGGAAGAGAAGCUUUGGCCAGAUUGGAACUCUACGAUGGUGUCCCAUCUCAAUACAACCAAGUUAAGAGACACGUCUGCCCAGCUGCUCUCGCUGUUACCAUCCUCAAGCCAUCUUCUCCUGUUACAAGACUCGGAGAUUUGUUGAAGAGAAUGGGUUGGAAGUAUCACGAUGUUGUUGUUAAGUUCGAAGAGCAAAGAAAGCAACAAAACCAACAAUAUGUUUCUGAAGUGAAGGCCCUCGAUAAACUCAAGGCUGAAGCUGUCUCUCAAUUGAGUGGAAACACUGAAUUCCAAAAUGUUGUGAAGAAGUUGGCUGAAUUAGGCUAUUAA